AUGGAGAAUACUUAUCCAAAUAAUAUAGAAAAUUCUUUUGCAAAUUAUACAAAUAGGGCUGAGAGUGUGCUUGUAAUAGGAAAUACUUUUACAAAUUAUGUGGAGAAUACUUUUACAAAUAAUAUAGAAAAGUCUUAUGCAAAUUAUACUGAAAAUUCAUUUACAAUCAAUACAUUUACAAAUAAUAUAAUGCGAAUAAAUUCUGAAGUCGAUAAAUACACAGGAAUAGAUGAAAGCAUGGAAAUAUACAAAGGCAUGGAAAUAGAUAAAGACACAGGAAUGAAUAAAGACAUGAGAAUGGAUAAAGACACAAUAGAUAUUGAAAUGA